GUAUGUUUUGUAUAGUUGUUUACAUCACGUUAACUCGCAUCCGUCACGAUGAUAAAUGACGGAUAACCGAAUGGUUGCGAAAAGUACCGGAAAGCUCCGAUAUAAAUUUCAAUAUGGCUGCGAUAUGAUAAAGAUAGGAGAAAUUUUAAAACUGAAUAUUGCAAUUUACUCGUCAGAUCUCGUCGUCACUAUGAUCAAACUAUUGAAGUCUAAGAUUAUAUUUAAAGGCUAUAUCGGUAACCAAUUGAAAUGCGCUUCAACAAAUUUUUCGGAAGCUUUACCAAGGCUGUAUCCUGAGCUACAAAUGUUUACAAAUGAACAAACUAAGCUCGUUUUGGAUCAAAUGAACAAAAAGUCCUUGGACGAUUUGAGUUGCACUAAGGGUGUAGGGCCUGCUCGCGGGAAAGCUAUAAUCGAGCACAGAAUGAAGCAUGGGCCGUUUUCAAAUCUUGCUUCGUUGGCGGCCGUGAAAGGUUUAGGAAGAGUGUUUUUUCAAAAUUUACUCAGUUCUGACUGCGUUUUAUCUGUUCGAAAAAAAAAGCACAAGCUCUCAAGUCUGUUAUCUGAUGAACAGAAAAAGACAAUAUCGAGUUUGGUCUCCAUUGAUAUCGGCGUCAGUAAUACAGCGUAUGUACACAUUGAUCGAAAUAAACGUGUUCUUGGCUGGGAAAGAAUGUCUGUAACAAUCCAAAAAUCGUACAGUCCUGUCGAUUUUAUGAAAGCAGUACAGCAGGUGGUGUCGCGUCUACCCGAAGUUGAUUUGUAUAUCAUCGAACUACAAAGUCAUCGUGCAUCUCGUGCUGAUCCAGCUAUGUUCCCUUUUGUCCUUCAACUUCGAAUAAUGGAAGCGAUGCUUCAUUGUCUUCUGAAGGAUAAGUUAGUUUUUGACAUUAAUCCAGUGAUUACCGCUCGUCAUUUCGGUCUGCCCGUUGGUAUGAAAAAGAAAAGAGCAGCAGUUGACUUGAUUUCAUUUAUGAUACAAAAAUCUGAAAAUGUACAGCGUCUGAAGGAGUCACGUUCGGAAUUUUUUGACAAUAUUUCUAGUUUAAAAUACGGAAAAGAGACGGUGCGUACAAUUUUAGCUGCUAAUUCGACAAUGGUGGAACCAUGGCUUGAUGAGAAAUGGCAUGCCGUAGUACCUCAGAGUUUGGUCGAUUAUUUCAUCGCCGAGAAAAAGAAAGAUGAUCUUAGUGACUGCCUUCUUCAAGCUUUAACGUUUUUAGACUUAGCUUUUCAAGAGUAAUCAAAUAAAGAGUUUUGAAUUUCUGCUUGCUUUUUUUCAAAAAAAAUCCCUUCGCACUACGACAUAAAAUCGCUAUUCACCCUGGUGAAGUCAGCGCAAAGUUUGUUAGCAAUGUUAUUUAGGCUAUUUUACCCAGCGGUGUUAAUUUACAAAUAUGCAAGUGGGAGGGAGCGGUCAUGUGAUUUUAGCGCAUUCUAGACAUGCCGUUUCAUCAAAAAAAUAUUUCAAAAUACUCACUUUUUGAAGCCUCGAUGUUGAUCAAUUCUUUCAUAACUAUCUUUAAUCAUAUUAGCAUUAUCGAAUAAGGUAUUUGUGAUCAAUUUUUUAUCAAAUUCGGGAGAAUUAUAAAUGUUUUUUUCAAA